AUGGAAGUUAUUAGAAGUCAUCGUCCUGCUCAAUCUCAAUCUCCUGAGAUUGACCCAUCAACCCUCUCCAAUUAUCAAAACUUUAAAAUUAUUCAAACUAAUUUACAUUUCGAUGUAUUGUUUGAUCAAAAAAUAUGUAAAGGACAAGUUGGAUAUGAAUUAUCUGUUUUAAAUGAAGUAGUUGAUAAAUUAGAAUUAGAUACUUCAUAUUUAAUUAUUAAAUCAGUUCAAAUUAAUAAAUUAGAAAUUAAUGAUUAUGUAUUACAUGAAAGAUCUGAACCUUUAGGUUCAAAAUUAUCAAUCCCUAUUACAAAGGGAUUAAAAUCAAUAAUUGUUACUAUUGAUUUUGAAACAACAGAAAAGUGUACUGCAUUACAAUUUUUAGAUAAAGAAGCAACUGAUGGUAAAAAUCAUCCAUACUUAUUUUGUCAAUGUCAAGCAAUUCAUGCAAGAUCUUUAUUCCCAUGUUUUGAUACUCCUGCUAUAAAAUCUACUUAUAAAUUAUCAGCAAAAUCUCCACUUUUUACUUUAUUAUCGGGUAGACCAGUUAAACAAAUAGAUGAUAUUUAUUAUUAUGAUCAACCUGUACCAAUUCCUUCUUAUCUUAUAUCAAUUGCAUCAGGAGAUAUAGUUAGUGCUAAAAUUGGUCCAAGAUCAGAUGUUUAUUCUGAACCAAUUAAAAUUAAAGAUUGUCAAUGGGAAUUUGAAAAAGAUAUGGAAAAUUUUAUUCAAAUUGCUGAACAUUUAAUCUUUGAAUAUGAAUGGUUAAGAUUUGAUUCAUUAAUUUUACCAUCUUCAUUUCCAUAUGGUGGAAUGGAAAUUCCAAAUUUAUGUCAAUUAACUCCAACAUUAAUUUGUAAAGAUAGAUCUCAAGUUUCAGUUAUGGCUCAUGAAUUAGCCCAUUCAUGGUCUGGUAAUUUAGUUACAAAUUGUUCAUGGGAACAUUUUUGGUUAAAUGAAGGUUGGACUGUAUAUAUCGAAAGAAGAAUUCUUGAAGGAAUUGCAAUUGCUGAAGCUAGAGAAUCUAAAACUAUUGAUAUGGAUCCAUUUGUUUAUGGUGAAGCUGUAAGACAAUUUAAUGCAAUUAUUGGAUGGAGUGAUUUAGAAAAUAAUCUUAAAUCUAUGGGUGAUAAUGUAGAAACUUAUUCUACAUUAAUUCAAGAUUUAAAACAAGGACAAGAUCCAGAUGAUUCAUUUUCUUCAGUACCUUAUGAAAAGGGAUUUAAUUUAUUAUUUCAUAUUGAACAAAAAUUAGGAGGUAAAAAAGUAUUUGAUAAAUUUAUUCCAUACUAUUUUAAGAAAUUUAGAUAUGGUUCAUUAGAUACUUAUCAAUUUAUUGAUACUCUUUAUGGAUUCUUUGAAGAUAAACAUGAAAUUUUGGAUUCUAUAGAUUGGAAUACUUGGUUAUAUAAACCAGGUAUGCCACCAGUUAAUCCAAAUUUCGAUACUACUUUAGCCGAUCAAUGUUAUGAUUUAGCUGAUAAAUGGUUUAGUAAUAUUCAAGGAAAUACUAAUAGUCAAUUUUCUAGUAAUGAUAUUACUAAAUUUGAUGCUAAUCAAUCAGUUGUAUUUUUAGAAACAUUAAUUUCAUAUAAUAAAAGAGAUGAUUUUAAAUGGAAAAAUCAUCAUGAUAGUUUAAAAUCUAUGGAAGAAAUUUAUCAAAUUUAUGAUAAAACAUUAAAUGCUGAAGUUUUAUUUAGAUGGUAUGUUUUACAGGUUACAGGAGAGAGAUCAGAAUAUUUACAUAGAUUAGGUGAAUGGUUAGGUACAGUUGGUAGAAUGAAAUUUGUAAGACCAGGUUAUGUAUUAUUGAAUUCUGUAAAUCAUGAAUUAGCUAUAGAAUAUUUCAAAAAGAAUGAAGCAUCCUAUCAUCCAAUUUGUAAAUCUAUGGUUAAGAAAGAUUUAGGUUUAGUCAGUAACCUUUCAGAAACUUUCAAUCUUGAAAGAAUCAGAGGUGAUUUAAGUUCUAUUCAAAACUCCAUUUCUAAGAUUAAACCUCCACAAGAGUUUUUUGAUUUUAGAAGAAUCUCUAAACCUGCUAAUUUUGGUGAAGUUCAAAGUAGAGUUGGAUUUAAUCUUAAAUAUUUCCAAGCUAAUUAUGCUGCCAUUGUAUUAGUGUUAAGUAUUUAUGCAUUAAUUACUAAUUUAUUAUUAUUAUUUGUUACUGUAUUUGUUGUGGGAGGUAUAAUUGGUAUUAAUAAAUUAGGUGGUGAAGAUUUAAGAACUCCAUUUGGUAGUUAUAAUACUUCUCAAUUAUAUACUGGUUUAUUGAUUGUGGCUAUUCCUUUAGGUUUCUUAGCUAGUCCUAUUUCAACUAUGAUGUGGUUAAUUGGUUCAAGUUCUUUUAGUGUUCUUGCUCAUGCUUCAUUUAUGGAAAAACCAAUUGAAACUGUCUUUGAAGAAGAAGUUUGA